CUCGUCUGCUUGUUUCAACGAGCGCUGAAUCUCUUUUUUGCCAGUGUUUUUUCCCCGGGUUCUUUGUUAUUGCUUGCUGUUCGCUCGCUCAAAGCGGGUGCUUGAAUUUGUCUUGCAAUUUCGCUGAUUGCUGGUCCUAAACUCCCGACCGAACGAACUCCUCUCCUCCGUCAACCCACUCUCACAUAUCCCAAAGCACAAUGGUCUCCAAGAUUGUCUUCUGGAGCGGCUUCGGCAUCGCCGUCCGUCUCUGGCAACUGGGUAUCGAAAUGCGUCCUAUUCUCGCCAAACAGGGUCUCUGGGCCUACCCUGUCUUCGCGGGUGUUGGUGGAAGCUUCGGUUACUGGCUUCAGGGUGUCGAGAGCCGUCAGCUCAAGAUUCUCGCGCAGCGCCGUGAAGCCAUCCUUGAUAAGCGUCGGAGACGGGACGACCGUGAGGGUCUGAGCAACAUUGAGAAAGAGGGCACUGUAGCUGCGACGCCAUAAUUUGCUGCAUUGGCUGCUGUUUAUUUUUAAUGCCUUCGGAGAAAGACUGGCAAUUGUAUUGCUGGGCAUGUAUCAUACCAAAACAGAGGAAGGGUUAAUGGCCAAUUGUUUGACGAUCAACGAGAGAGCAGUGUAGUGUUUAGACGCACGAUUAUAUCCGCUUACAUCCUAUAACUAAGUGCCCUGGGUACCAUAUGUUUAGACGAUGAAUCACCCUGCAGUUAUAUUCUCAUUCAACUUCCGAUAAACACUCCU